AUGGACGCCAUUGCUGGGAAUGUUUUUCAGGGACUGACCUCUGUGGCUCUUGAAGAGUUCAAAUUGCUGCGGAAUGCUAAACAUGAUGCAGAAAGCAUGAAGAACACGAUCCUUGCCAUCAGAGCUACACUGUUGGAUGCAGAGGCAAGGGCCAACAAUAACCAUCAAGUCAGCUUUUGGCUGAAGAGAUUGAAAGAUGUCCUCUAUGAUGCAGAUGACCUGCUUGAUGAUUUGUCCACUGAAGCUUUGAGGAGGGGAAUCAUGACAAGAAAGGUAGCAAAGAAGGUACGGAUCUUCUUCUCAAAAUCAAACCAAGUUGUUUAUAACUUUAAGAUGGCUCAUAAAUUGAGGGAACUCAGGGGAAGGCUAGGUGAAAUUGAUACGGACAAGAAACAAUUUGAUUUCGAUGACCACCCUCCUAAGCCUUUAUCUCUACUAGAGGAACGAAAGCAAACAUACUCUUUUGUGCAAGAAGAUGAAAUCAUUGGGAGAGAAAAGGAAAAGGAUAUGAUUUUAAGUUAUUUGUUAGACAAUGAUGCAGAAGCUAGUGUUUCAAUUAUUCCCAUUGUUGGAUUUGGAGGGUUAGGAAAGACUACACUUGCUCAAAUUGUGUACAAUCAUGUGGAUGUUCAAAAACAUUUUGGGUUGCAAAGGUGGGUAUGUGUGUCUGAUGAAUUUGACGUAAAACAAAUAGCACAAAAGAUUUUAGAGCAAAAAAGUUCAAAAGAGAUGGAGGAAGUGCAACAAGAUCUUAGACAAUUAAUAGAGGGGAAGAAGUUUUUGAUCGUGUUAGAUAAUGUGUGGAAUGAUGAUGUUGAUCUUUGGCGUAAGUUGAGAAGUUUACUGACCAUGGGAGAAGAGGGGAGCAUGAUAAUUGUUACCACACGUAGUGGAAAGGUGGGAAAGAUGAUGGGCAACUAUCCGCCAAUUAUCCUUGAAGGUUUAGAUGGUAAAAGAUCGUGGGAGUUGUUUUGUAGAAUGGCUUUCGAAGGGGAUAGAGAGUCAAAUGAUAAGAAGUUGUUAGAAAUUGGCAAUGAGGUUGUAAAGAAAUGUGGAGGAGUUCCUCUUGCUAUUAGAGCGGUUGGAAGGCUUGUGUAUGAUAAAAUCUUAGAAGGAAUAACAGAUCUAUCAUACUUAAGGAAUUGUGAGCUUUGGAAGGUAGAUAAGUUGGAGGAGAGAAUCUUUGCUAUUCUUAAACUCUCUUAUGAUAAUCUUCCUUCACCCAUGAAAAAUUGUAUUGCUUUUUGUUCCUUGUUUCCAAAAGAUUUUGUGUUCAAGAAGCAAACACUAAUUCAAAUGUGGGUGGCCGAAGGAUUCAUUCAAUCAGCUAAUCAGAUGAGGUGUGAGGAGGAUCUUGGGAAUGAAUACUUUAUGAAUCUGCUUUCAAGAUCCUUCUUCCAAAAUAUCAUAAGAGAUGAAUAUGGUGACAUAGAGACAUGCAAAAUGCAUGAUCUCAUUCAUGAUUUAGCACAAUUUAUAGCAAAGGAUGAGUAUCUUCUCAUUAAAGAAGAAAAAGCAGAGAGUACUAAAGACACAAUACGUCACUUAGCAUAUGAUGUGCCGAGAGAAAAUUGGGAAGUUCCAACUUCCUUUCUUGAGUUUGAAAAAUUAAGAACAAUGCUUUUGCUCACCCACUCUUUUUCUCGUCAGAAGGACCACCCUAUUUUUGAUUUGGUUGCAUCAAAACUGAAAUUGUUACGUGUUUUGAACCUAAGUAAUUCAUGCACGACCAAAAUUCCGAAAAGCAUUGAAAAAUUGAAGCAUCUAAGAUUUCUUGAUCUUUCAUGUAAUAAUAUCAAGCAGGUCCCAAGAACUAUUACCAAACUCCACAACUUGCAAACCUUAAACCUCGCAUGCAAUUCAUCAAUUCGGGAAUUGCCUGAAGACAUUAGUAAAUUAGUAAGCUUGAGGCAUCUUGAUCUUAACUUUUGUGAUGGGUUGGAAUGGAUGCCAAAUGGUUUGCGGCAAUUAACUUCUCUUCAGACCUUGACAGAUUUUGUAGUAGAUAACAAGCAGAUGCAUGAGAAAAGGGCAAGUGCAAGGAUAAGUGAAUUGGGUGAGCUUAACAACUUGAAAGGGCGUCUAACAAUAAGCGGGUUGAAACACCUGAGGUCAAACCCUGAAGAGGCCGAGUCUGCAAGAUUAAAAGAGAAGCAACAUCUUCAAUGUUUAUCCUUCUAUUGGGACCCAAUAUACUCUCCGUUUGGUGAAUUCUCUAACGAUGCUUCUGAUGAAUUGAUUUUAGAAAGGCUUCGUCCUCAUCAUACCAUCAAACGUUUACACAUUAGAAGAUUUUGUGGAGAAAGGUUACCAGACUGGAUUGGAAAUCUCGUGGAACUGCGACUUCUUCGACUCAUUGAUUGCAGGUAUCUGAGAUCGCUCCCUGAAGGCCUUCGUAAUCUCAGAUCAUUAAAAGCAAUGAGCAUAAUUGGAUGCCCAUUGUUGUUGGCUGACGAUGUACAUGUUCGCCAAAAUUUUGCUCACGUUCCAUGCGUCGCAAUUGCAUAA